AUGGGGUAUUCAGGUAACCCGGACUCGGGCAUCACCGACACCAACAAGGAGACGCUUGCCAUUGUCGCGUUCGUGGCAUUGGCGCUAUACAAUGCCCUCGAGCUCAACGUCAUCGUCUUUUCGACGUUCCGACGGUUCAAAGGUCUAUACUUUUGGAGCUUUUUCGCCGCAGCAAAUGGCAUAAUCCCGCACUCAAUUGGCUUCCUGCUGAAAAAUGUCGUUGGAUCGCACGGGUACGGUCUAUACAUCACCCUGGUGGCGGUUGGCUGGGUGCCCAUGGUUACCGGCCAGUCUCUUGUCCUCUACUCCCGGCUUCACCUGAUCUUCUGGAGCGACUUUUGGCUGCGAAUGAUACUAGCCAUGAUCAUUGCCAACGUCGUCAUACUUCACAUCCCCAUCAUCAUCCUCAUGUACGGGGCCAACAGCUCACCGAGUAACUCCUGGGUCCAUCCCUACGUCGUGUAUGAAAAGGUCCAGGUAUCGGCAUUUUUCCUGCAGGAGCUGAUCAUCUCCCUCGUCUACAUCAAGUCGUGCUUCUCCUUUUUCGACACCCAAGACAGCUUAUACGGGGACGCGGUGCGCGAGAUGCGCCGUCAUCUGAUCUUGGUCAAUGUUGUCGUCAUUCUUCUCGACAUCCCCAUCCUCUGCUUGGAGUAUACGAAUUUCUACGACAUGCAGACCGCCUACAAGGCGCUCGUGUACAGCUUCAAGCUGAAGAUGGAGUUUAGGAUAUUGAACCGCUUGGUGGAAAUGACGGGCUCAAGACACGGCGUCGACCCCUUUCGGAGCAGCUUGAGCUUGCGCAUCGAGCACGCAUCCUCUGGCUCGACAUGCCAAAGGCAUCUGUGA